CAGGUCGUGCAUGGUGACGUCACCCACAGGCGCCCGGGCCCGGGGUCGGAGAGAGACUCGGGUGUUUUUUCCGCACAUUGUCCUCACCCUGUAUCGAGCUGUAUUAAUAUAUGUUUUGUACCCUUUUUAAACACACACGCACACGACGCUCGUCCCUUCAAACUGAACGCGCACGUCUCUGAAGUGCAGAGCCGAGCAGCCCGCUCUGCUGGAAGGGGUCCGGGGGUAAAUCUCUCCGUGGUGCCUCCAUGUCGGACUACACGAUCGACCUGCAGCUCACCGAGCUCGGCUUCCCCCUGCCCCCCCCGGCAUCGCAGGAGCAGCCCGCCCUGCCAGCCCCGGAGACGCCCGGAGCCCACCGCUGCUCCGACUGCGUCCUCUCCUUCGGCACGGCGUUCCAGCUCACGGAGCACCGGCGGCUGCACACCGGGGAGCGACCCUACAAGUGCGUUCAGUGCGGCAAGAUGUUCUGCCACCUGGCCAACUACCAGCAGCACCUGGAGCGCCACGCGGGGGACCCCGUGCACAAGUGCCCCUCCUGCCAGCGGGUCUUCAGCACCGAGCUGAUGCUGGAGAAGCACCUGUGCUCCCAGGGGGUGCAGCCCCCCCCCGGGGAGUUCGAGUGCGGGGAGUGCGGCCAGGCCUUCUGGAGGAGGCAGGAGCUGAAGAGGCACGAGGACCGGCACCGAAGGGAGAGGCGCUACAAGUGCUCCGAGUGCGGGAAGGGCUUCCGCAAACACGCCUCCAUGCGUGCCCACCUGGAGAUCCACGCCCGCGCUGCCCUGUUCCGCUGCCGGGACUGCCCCGAGUGCUUCGAGACGGACAGCCAGCUCCUCAAGCACAGCUUCCAGCACCUGGGGGUGAAGCCCUUCACCUGCCUGGCCUGCAAGCGCUUCUUCAAGUGGGCCGGCAGCUUCAAGAAACACAGGUGCGACCCUAAGAAGGUGCACUGCGCCACCUGCCUCCAGUAUUUCGGCAGCUUCCGGCUGUACCACCGGCACAAGGAGGAGACGGGCUGUCCCGGGACGCCGGUGCCCACGAUGACCCCCCUGUGCGCUGACUGCGGGGAGACCUUCCCCUCCAGAGAGGCUCUCCGGGGGCACCGGCCCUGCCACAGCCUGGGCCAGCUCCUGUACACCUGCGUGGAGUGCGGCAAGACCUUCCGCUUCCCCUCCUUGCUGCUGGCUCACAUGCGCAGCCACGCGCCCGCGCAGAGUCUGCAGUGCCAGGGCUGCAGCAGGGAGUUCACGCGCCAGGGCAGCUUCAGCAGACACGUCAAAUACAGCUGCCCGCUGACCAGGACCAGGGAGGGGGCAGGAGAGGAGGAGGGAGAGAGAGUGGGAGAGGCGGAGGGAGUGGGGGAGGGGUACAAGAGGAUUAAGGUUGAGAUCAAAGAGGAGAAGGUGGAAGAUGAUGAAGACGAGGAGGAGGAGGAGGAGGAGGAGCACGAGUGUUUGAAUUGCGGAGAGCUGCUCCAGCAGUCGGAGCUCCACGGACACUACAUGCGCCACGCCGAGGAGGGACUGCUGAUGGAGGAGGAGGAGGAAGAGGAGGAAGAGUUUAAAUGA